AACUUAGCCUUUCCAUAACUUUCUCUCUUAUAUAUAAACUCCACACUCAAAGAAGAGCCUUGCUUGAGAUAAGCUCAAGCCUCAAGCCACUACUUGUAACAUAAAAGGUACAAUAAAAKGGGCAUGGAGAGGGUGAAGAGAUUGGCAGCAGAAAAUGAAGUGCUGAUAAUCAGUAAGAGCUCCUGCUGUCUUUCUUACGCGGUGAACGUGCUUCUCCGGGAACUCGGAGUGAGCCCGAUGGUGUAUGAGCUCGACCAGGACCCCGAAGUGGCGAGGGAGAUGGAGAAGGCUUUGGUAAGGCUGCAGGGCUGCAACACGCCGCCCGUGCCCGCUGUGUUCAUCGGCGGGGACCUCAUCGGGUCCACGAAUGAAGUCAUGUCCCUUCACCUCAGCGGAGAUCUCAAUCGAAUGUUGGAGCCCUACAAGCUGGUUCAAGAGAACUAGCUAGAUGAUGAUGAUCAAAAACCUUGUAUUUGCCAAAACAUUAUUAGUUGCCUUUUAAGUUAUGUGAUAUCAUUUGGGUAAUGAAUAAAACUCACUGUAUGUCAACAAGUCUGUAAGUUGAUAUGGGAAUUUAGUAUAGACUUUAACUUUUCUUUCCAUGUUUCUGUUGAAGUUUGCUACUUCUUCCUUAAUCCCACUCUAUUCCGAGAAGGAAUUCUGUUGCA